UGUGUGUGUAAAAAAAACAAAAUACCUGUAUUAUUCAAGUCAUCAUGAUAAUCAAUGUCUGAAGUUGGUAAGAGGUAGCCAAUUUCUGAAUUUUCCUACCAAAGAACUCUAUCUUGCUCCUUCUGACAUUAAUAAUUCCAAUCAUCCAUUAAGAAAAAUGUAAGAAAAAACAUUCAAAAUAUUGAUAAAAGAAAAGAAAAGAGAAAACGAAAUUGUAUUAGAGAAUUAUGGAAUAUUACAACACGUUAGCGAAUACCAUCUAACCCCAUUCUACAAUUACAAAUACCAAACACAUAAACAAAAUAUAAAUCAAAACACAAAAUAACCAGAAAAUCAAACCCCAAAAACUCCCACAACUUAACACAAAAAAAAUAAUAAAUGAUGCAAAUACACAGUAACCUAACCCGUAUAUAAUAGAGUCGAGUCGCGUCCCGUGUGAUAGUAAGGAAGUAACACAUUUUAAGGAGAAGAUUUAAACAUGAGCAGCAGCAAAAGCACCGAGCAGUUGACGGACGCGGUCGUGAGCGCCGCCUUGGCCUCCGACAAGGGCCCGACUGUCAAGCUCUCAUCCUGGAGCAGCGAGAGCAUGACGUCGCUGGCGGACGGGGCCACCUCCGACAUCCAGAGGCUCCAGGUGACGUACUUCGACGCGGACGGGCACGAGCACAGCGUGUCGUAUGUGGCAAAGCUGCUCCGGUCGAGGGAGGAAUUCUUCAACAUGAUCCACGCCAAGGAGUGCAGCUUCUACUCCGACGUCGUGCCAGCCGUCAACGCUGUCCUGCGGGAUAUCGGCCAGGGCGAGCUGAGCGUCCCCAGGUGCUUGUUCCAGUGCACGGAGGGCGGCCGCGAGGUCGUGGUCUUGGAGAACCUGAAGGAACUCGGUUAUGAGAUAAGAGACAAGACGGAGGGGAUCGACGCGGCCCACACGGUCUUGGUACUCAAGGAGCUCGCCAAGCUGCACGCAGCCUCGGUCCUCAUGCAGGAGAAGAGUCCACUGGAGGAUGUCAGAGACCGGUUCGCUUGCCUGCAGAAGGAAUGGACCAAGGAGUUCAAUGUCGGAUGCAACUUCGAGCAGUUCAUCGGGAGUUACCUAGAGCGCAGUGUGGCAAUGUUCGAGAAGAUCGGAGGCUGCAACACGGUCGUGGAGUGGAUCAAGAAGAUCAAGCCGAGAGCAAUGCAGAUGUACAAUGAGCAGAUCAAACAGGCGCCGCCCUUCGCCGCUAUUUGCCACGCAGAUCCUCACAUCAAUAACUUCUUCUUUAAGUACGACGAGGCCAGGAACCCCAUUGCCGUGAAGCUCUUCGACUUCCAGGGUUGUCGCAAAUCCUCCGUCGCCAACGACCUCCAGCACCUAUUUAACAUGAACCUGACGGGCCCCGUGCGACGCCCCAACUUGGAUUACUUCCUCAGGACCUACUACGCCUCCUUCGCCGGGAUUCUUGAAGCAGGAGGAUCGAGGGCCCCCUUCACCCUAGAUGAGCUGACGAAGGAGUACCAGGACAAAGGCUUUUACGGGUUAUUGUAUUGUCUUCUCUGGAUCCCAAAUAUGGUGCGUCGACCCGAGGACUCCAUCGACAUCAUCGAGAGGAGCGAGGACGCCAUCGACAUCGAGACGAGGAACGUCUUGAAAAUGGUGGACACGAACCCGCUGCUGAAGCCCAGGAUGCUCUCCAUCGUUGAGGAGUGGACCGAGCGGGGCGUCAUCUCCUAGGGACGCCCUCUCGAACGACCUUUCUGGAAGACCCUUUGUAACGACCUUUUAGAACAUUUGUUUGUUUU